GUGUGACGUGUAAGGAGAUGCGGAUUUCAUUGGAUGGCAGAAAAAGAAACAACAGAGAAAACCUAUUCCCAAAGGAAAGAAAAAUCAACAAUUUCUAGAAAAAAAUCAUUUAAUUAUCUUCUAGUUCUUUCGUUAUCCAGAGAAUGCGUUGAAAUAAUGGAGAGGAGAAAGUAUCCAAUUGGGAACGAACAUUACGAGCUAUACGAAGAAGUAGGUCAAGGAGUUAGCGCUUCUGUUUAUCGAGCUAUUUGUAUACCGAACAAUGAAAUCGUUGCUAUCAAAAUCAUCGAUUUCGAAAGACAUAAUAGCGAUCUGGCCAAUAUAUCACGUGAAGCUCAAACAAUGAUAUUAGUUGACAAUCCAAAUGUUUUGAGGGCGUACUGUUCUUUUGUUAGUGAUCAUAACUUAUGGGUUGUCAUGCCAUUCAUGGAAGGAGGUUCUUGUUUGCAUAUAUUAAAAUCUGCUUAUCCCGAUGGUUUUAAGGAGUCUGUUAUUGCAACCAUUUUACGUGAAAUAUUAAAGGGAUUAGAGUAUCUUCAUCAGCAUGGCCACAUCCAUCGCGACGUCAAGGCUGGAAAUAUACUAGUUGAUGCACGAGGUGCGAUAAAGCUGGGAGAUUUUGGUGUUUCGGCAUGCCUUUUUGAUUCUGGUGAUAGGCAGCGCACUAGAAACACCUUCGUAGGGACACCUUGCUGGAUGGCACCUGAGGUUAUGGAGCAGUUGAAUGGUUAUGACUUCAAGGCUGAUAUCUGGUCCUUCGGUAUAACUGCCUUGGAGCUUGCUCACGGUCACGCACCUUUCUCAAAGUAUCCUCCAAUGAAGGUUUUACUUAUGACUUUGCAAAAUGCACCACCAGGCUUGGACUAUGAGAGGGACAAGAAAUUUUCGAAGUCUUUCAAGAAUAUGAUUGCUCAGUGCUUGGUAAAAGAACCUUCAAAACGUCCUUCAGCACGUAAGUUGUUAAAGCAUCCUUUCUUUAAGCAAGCUAGGUCUAAUGACUACAUUUGCCGUACCCUAUUAGAGGGUCUCCCAACGCUUGGAGAUCGUAUGAAAGAGUUGAAGAAAAAGGAUGAAGAUAUGCUUGCUCAAAAGAAAAUGCCAGACGGUGAAAAAGAGGAAAUAUCCCAGAAUGAAUAUAAAAGGGGAAUCAGUGGCUGGAAUUUUAAUGUCGAAGACAUGAAAGCACAGGCAUCACUGAUUCAAGAUGGUGAUGAACCUAUUGCUGAUAAAUUAGAUCAAGGAGGUAGCUCCAAUUCUCUGAUGGAUGCUUCUGAUAAAGAAAAUGUGGAUAUGGUGCACCAUAGGUCCGAAUCUCUCCAUCCAAUCGAUUCAAAUGGAAACUUUCUUAGGGGUAGAUGGGACAAAUCUGAGGAUGACUUAAGUGUGGCUGGUUCUACCUCAGAUUGUGAACACCUUUCUUUGCAAGACGAUUUUGCAAAACACAUUGAACACGUUGAACAUGAUAGGAAUGGGAGGACAGAAAAUAAGGUCAAUGGAGCUGGAAGACGCUCCGACAGUAUGCGUUCUCCAAGAUGGAGUAGAGAAUCAUACACCAACUUACCAGACCUUUCUAUUCCCACAUUCGAAGAUGAGAGCAUCAAGCAAAAUCAGAAUUCCUUGGCUCCUGACACACCAUCCGUACCAUCUAAACCACCAUCAUCAAGUGGUGAGGACCUUGAUGAAAAAGCAAGAGAGCAUGUUGUGCAACAAAAAGGACGUUUCAAAGUGACAUCAGAAAAAGCUCAAUUAGAAAAGGCACUUUCAACCCCAAUGCUCCAAAAGAGUCAAAGCUUGCAGGUGAUAUCACAGCCGCUUACACCAACUUCACAGUUGGAUGCAUCAUCAAAUUCACACGACUUGUCAGUCUUCUCACUGUUGGAUAUCAUGUUGCAGACAAAUAUUGUACAAAGGGAUCAUAUUUUGUCGUUAAUGAAGCAGUGCACAUCUGGUAAUUUAACAGCUGGAGGAAGCAAUUCAACAGCUCCAGACAUUACAGAAUCAUUGCUGGAGUUGAGCCAUGAAAGGACAAAACAACUAUUGCAAGAGAUGAAUGAGCAGUGGAGGCAUAUAUCUUCUGUUGAAGAGUUCCAGAGGCUCAAACCAAAAACAAUCCAGGAUGAUUUGCAGUGCCACGUUGAUCAAACUCAACAUGAAAGGAAUGAAAGUUUCAGUAACGACACCAAUGGACUCGAAAAGCGCUCUGAAAAUCAGUACGUUCGUUCUGCUAGAAGAAGUGGAGGAUCAGACGCCAGCUUACAAGAUGUUUCUUGUCCCUUAUAUGAAGAUGAGAGAGACAAGCAAGCUCAAAAUGGCACUGGGGUAACCCCACAAACAGCUGAAGAGACGGUUCCUGAAACUCUUUCAAAAUCAUCCAAAUCAUGUAUGUGUGGUGAGAUUUUUCACAUGUCGUCAAAUGGUGAGGACUUUGAUGAAAAGGCAGAAAGGCCGGUUGUACAACAAAAAGGACGUUUCAAAGUGACAUCGGAAAAACCUCAGUUGGAAAAGGCAUUAUCAACCCCCAUCCUACAAAAGUAUCCAAGUUUCCAGGUGUCAUCUCUGCCGCCUACCCCAACUCCCCAGUUCGAUGCUGCAUCAUCAAAUCCCCAGGAUGUUUCAAGUUCAUCGCAUUUGUUUUUCAUCUUGCAAACAAAUGUUGUCCAAAGAGAAAAUGUUCUACUGUUGAUAAAGCAACACCAAUCAUCCAGUAAUUUAAUAAGAGUUGAUGGAGGAAAUAAUUCAAGUGUUCCAAAAAUUACAGAGAAGCUGUUGGAAGCGUCUAGUGACAGGGCGAAAGAACUCGAGCAAGAAAAAAACGAGUUACAGAUGAGGCUUGUAGCGGUUAAAGAAUAUCUAGAGAAGUGCAAAGCAGAUUCUCAGGUGUCAUUGUGAUAUUUUGUUCAUUCCAUGUAUUUGGUAGCUUAGGUUAAGGUUCAUUUUUUUUUUCUUCGAUUUUCUAUAGGUACUUUCUACUUAACAGUGAGUGAAAUGCUGGUGUGAUCACAAUGUUGAGAAAUGCUCAAUUUUUAUUUAUGAAGUCCUUCAAAAAUUUAUUACAAUUACAAGGUGUGACUUCUGUGGUGAACUAAGUAAGACUGUUUCAGAUCCGAUCAAAUCCAGUACUUACCUGUUCUGGUCUUAUUUCUACGUAGUUAGAAGAACCUAUGUAUCAUAGGAUAAAGUUAGUUCACAGUUAGUGCUAAAUUCAAAUAAUAAUAAUAUAAUAUACAAACCUAUUAUUAAUGUG